AUGGCUACUUCCUUGAAGCAGGCUGUCCAUAAGAACCUCGAGUGUCCUGUCUGCCUGAGCUUCUUCAAGGAUCCCAAGAACCUGGCCUGCUCCCAUACCUUCUGCAAGGGUUGUCUUGAGACUCUGCUGGAGUCUCAUGGGAACAAGGACCUUCUGUUGUGUCCUACAUGCAGGGGGGAGACUUCGGUUCCUGGUGGAGACGUGGGUAGACUGCAAUCAAACAUAACAGUCAGAUCACUUGUUGAGGAUGUGAAAACCCAGGCCAAAGUCUGUUUCAGAGGUAAUCAAGAAGAUAAAUCAUUGGAAAGAAAAUGGAGCAAAUGUAAAAAACAUCCAAACUACGAUGAGGAAUGUUUUUGUCUUAGUUGUAACAAGUAUGUCUGCUGCAAGUGUGCAAUAUCAGAGCAUGUAAAGAAUGCUCACACUAUCCUGGAAGAAGGCGCUUAUGAAACUGCGCAAAAGAAUCAGGUCGAGGAACUUGCAUUUAAAGCGGAUGCAAAGAUACGAGACGUUAUCAAGUAUGUUUCUUCAGUUGUAGACCAGCGUAAAAAGGUGCAUAACUUACAGGAACAAGGCAAGGAUGAAAUAGAUGAGACUUUUGAGGAAUUCGUUCAGAUAUUGAAGGAAAGAAAGACGGUUUUGAAAAAUGAAGUUGAGCACGGCCGGCUAGGGAAGCUCAAGACUUCAUUGGGAGACAUGGAGGAGUCGGGUCGUAAGCAGACAAAACAGAUUAAGAAAGUUCUGGACUUAGUUAUGAAUAGUCUUAAAUUUCCUCUUCAGACAGAGGCUGUGACCUCACAUAAAGCGAAGUGUCAACAGCUGGAAGAGCUUCUAAGACAGAUUGGACCAGAUAAGGAGCUGCCCAGACGAACUGCUGAGGAAGGUGAAAGAAUUAGCUUCAGGAGUCAGGGCACGGAUGAACUCCAGCUGGGCCAGCUACGGUACACGCCGGAAAUCACCGCAAUACGAAUAGAGUGGUGA